CUGAGAAAAAAAAAUUGGAAGUGCGACAAGAAACAAUCACCGAGAAACUGUGAGAACCGGGAGGCUUUGGCCCCUGAUGAUUUGGGUGGCUGUGGUCUCUUCUGUCACCCCUCAUCCUGAGUGAAGCCCCCUCUGUCCCCCCCCCCAAACACACACGCAUUCAAACCAAGGCGAUGACACACCAUUCCAACUCUGUCCGAGACCAUAUGAAAUGGGCCGGGUUGCUGGGUUGUGAGGCGGUGCUGUCCAGCAUGGCCCUGAUGCAAGCCAACAGCAUGCCAGGCCAGAAGAAGAUGAUGUCAAACUUGGGCCAGGGACACAGGGCCAGCAACGAGAGCCAGCAGAGCCACUCACACCACCACGGACACCAGGUUCACCACGGGCAACCACACCACAGCCACAUGGGCCAUCCCUCAGGCGGGAGCUGUCCUCCCCUGUUAAUCCGAAAGGACGGUGAUUAUCACUCAUCAAAGCUGAUGGACUCAAAGGACAUGCAGGCAAACCAAAAUAUGCAACCCAAGAAGAAGCACAAAAAAUCCCACAAAGCUAAAGAGAAAGUGGAGCAUUUACUUCCAGCAGUGAGUAUGGAUGACGACAGUUCCUUGAGAGUGCAGAAGAACUUCAUCUGUGACCACUGCUAUGGAGCGUACCGGAGCAGCUACCACCUCAAGCGACACAUACUCACACAUACAGGCGAAAAGCCGUAUGCUUGUGAUGCAUGUGAUAUGCGGUUCAUUCAGCGUUACCACCUUGACAGACACAAGAGGGUGCACAGCGGAGAGAAGCCGUACCAGUGUGAUCGCUGUCAUCAGACCUUCUCCCGGACAGACAGGCUGCUGAGGCACCGGCGGCUCUGCACAGUCGGAGUGAGCAAAGAAGAGAGCCAGUACUCGCAGGACUCAUCUAACCAUCCGGCCUCCUGGAGCCCCCUACAGCCUUCCAACAACCGCCUAACUGUCUGACCCCCAGACCCUCCCCCCCACAGAGACAGUACAUAACAGCCGCCUGAAUCUCAGUCAGGUCGAAUGUUGGAGCCCGACUGUACUGUAACCUGAAAACAGCCCGGCUUGAAUCUUUAGUUUGCUUUUAUCAGCUCACGCAUAGAGUUUGAUCGUGGAUUUUUGUACUUUUUUUAAUCUACUGUUACAGUCACAAUACACAUAAAAAGGAGGACAAUUAAUUCACAAUCUUGGACAACAGUUAAUGGUGUUCUGGCAAUAACUUAAUGACAAAGGCAAACAUCUGCUUAUAUCUGAAAGGUUUUUUGGUUUUGCUGCCAAGACAUUCUGAAUAUUUUUGACUGCAUGGACCGUAAGUGCAUCACACAGCGCCUCCUAUGUGUCCUGCUGUCCUGCAAUCAGCCCCAGAGCUGCCUGUAACUACACAUGGACCGUUCACUGAGGGACACAGAACCAUGUUGCUUUUUAAGUCCUGCCCAUUUUGUGUUGAUGAGGUUACGACUCAUCUACCGGCCUCUGCUGACAAGCAGGAACAUCACAAGGCUUGAUGUCGUUGCUGCGUCGAGGAAACAGUUCUCCUCCUGUCCCAUGCGUCUGAACACCGGCAUUAUACAACACUAAAGACAGGUUAUUUAUGAUGCUCCGGAAAUGUUCAUUUUCAAUGGAUUUUGGUGUUAGUUAAGUUGUGUAGGGACUUCUGGCACGUGUUCACUGCUGUACCUUGUUUUAAAGAGGUAAUGUCCGAGCUGUGGCAGGUGACACGAUUGAAACCCGGAGCCUGUUCAGACCUGGUGUAAACAUCCGUCCGGAGUGAUCUGAUCACACUGUUGAGUCCAAAGCGUCCUGAGAUCUGAUCACUUGAACCCCAUUCAGAGGUGGUCAAGGGCGCACGUGGCUCCAAAUGCAUCCUGGGCCACAUAUUCAGGACGGCCUGCUCAGCUGACGUCUCUCACCCGCCGCUCAGUUUCACAAAAAUGAAUCAAAUGUAUUUUUAUGCUUUUCAGUUUCAAUGCGUUGAUUUGUCUGUGGCCAAGUCACAAUAUUAACAAUGAUCGACACAUAACGAUUGAUACUUUUUUCCCACUGGGUAAAAUCUGUCAUAACAACUGAAUGAGAUCUGUUCGGUCUGUCCCGACCCUCUGUCUAUAAACCUCUCUCUUGACCGCUUGUGCUGACACAUAGACAUAGUGACUUAAAUUUGCUUGUGAUUAUUUGCAUUCAAAAGGUGGAAGUGAGAUCCGAUCACAAGUGGUCACAGGAGCUUUCAAGAACAUUCUGCCUAAUGCUGCCCAAUUGUGAUCUGAUUUCUCAGGACGGAUGUUAACCGCCGGGUCUGAACAGGACCCCAGUAGAAGAUUGACAGGUUUUGUAGGAAUAGCCCUGAUUGUUUUGUUUUUUUAAUCCUCUUGAACAAGUUUAUUGGACUUUUUUAAAUAUUGUUAGCUGGAUGUAGGAACCACCUGUCUGUGGCACACUCAAUAUACUGUAAAUUCAAUAUGUCUCUUUUCCUAGAAACCACUGUCAGUCUUAUUUUCCCCCAGUCUGCGUCAGAUUCCUCUGACUCUGAAAGAUUCCAUCCUUUCAGGGUGUUUCUGAUAAGUGAGGCUGGGUCAGCAUAUUGUCGGUAAUCCCUGAGAUUUACCUGAGAGCCCAUGAAAUCUCAUCAAAAAUUAAUUUUAUUUUACUGUUUGCACACAUCUGGAUCAAAACUAUCCCUAGACCCCAAAGACUCAUAUUGUCUGGAGCUCAGCAGUUUAAUUCAGCUCUCAUGAAAUUGCCAGUUCCUGCAGCUAAAAGUAUAAUUUGGCUCAUCUGCAGAUUUCCAGAGCUGAUCUCCGUCUUGACCUGAGUGAAUGUGAUGUGAAUACAGUGCCAUGUCAUUUCAUCCCCACUCUGACCGUGAGCAUCUUCAGUGAAGAUGAUAAUUGUGGCUCGGCGGACUACAAGGUCUACAUGGUGUUUUCUAUGAUGAUAACCUACAUUGUAUUACUGCAAGUUCUGGCUCUCUGUAGGAUCAAAUCAGUUUGUAAACACUGGACUGAAGAUAGUAGCUCAGUAGUGAAGAAGAGAGGAGUAACAUUUGUUUUCUGUUUAGACUAAAGCCUGUUUUAAAGUAGACUGGUAGUUCUGUUGCUUUCAGACUUUUAGAACGUGGGGAAGGACACUGACUCUUCUACUGUUUAUGAAGUUAAUAUAUAUUUAAAUUGUAUUAGGGGUAGAAAAUAGUAUGUAUGGGACCUACACUCCAAAAACAAAUCAAAAGUAUUUACAAAGUUAUAAACCUUAGUCUGAUGAUUUCUUGUGGCAACUGAAAAGGCAGUAGCGAGUUAUUGUUCAUCUUGUUAGCUGGAGUAAAGUAAGAGCCGACACUCUUACCAAUUUUAGAAUAGCAGCCAUGACUGUCACCAUAUUUUUUUUUGCAUUUUUCUUUUGCAUGUAGUUGUUGGAGGAACUUGUACAUAUAUAUUUUGUUCUGAUAAACGUUUUUUUUUUUAAA